CCACCUGUCGGAUCCAACGCGCCAUGUUGGAUGGUCGAAGCGGCGCAUUGAUAUUUGCCUAGGUGUUGCGCAGGAAGAAGGUUGCGGCCUGACGAUAGGCAACUCGGGCUUGUGCCCGGCACUAGCGCAGACAUCAGAGGCUCCACCCUGGGCUUCGCCACUUACCUGGUGUGCACUGCGGCUGACUGUUAUAUGCGCACAUCUGGACACUUGUAGAAAUUGAAACACAGGCCACCGGUUCGCUUAUUGCGAAGUGAAAGAAAAAUCGCUGAAAUGGUCGACUCAAAGCCGCUCCGUGGCUCUGUGCCGCGGCAGACUGCAGACAUCAAUCCUCGGGUUGCGCAAGGCAUUUCCGGCCUCUUCAGUCGGCCGCAGCUCGCGGACUGCCAGCUGGUGUUCGUGCUUGACCCUGGCCCCCGCAGCGCAAGUCCGGUACCACCGGCGCAGAAAGUUGUGGGCGAGCCGCUGCCGGGUCACUCGUUUGUCCUACGCUUCGCUUCUGACAAGGUAGCAGCGCAGCUGGACUGGUGCCAAACAACAGUCGCCGACGCUCCGCAGACUCGACGCAGCAAGAAGGCGCGCAAGUCAGAGGGGGCAGCAGAUGCCGCUAACUCUGUGAAGAAGCUUCCGGAGGUGCACCUGAUGGUGGGCGGGGAGGAGGAGCUGCCGGCGGCGCGUGCCGCCAUCCAAUUCGCCUACACGGGCCGCGUGGAGGCGGGCGGCGGCAUCCGCGAGGUGCUGCAGGUGCGGCGGCAGGCGGCCUACCUGCAGAUGGAGGGCUGCAUGGAGGCGUGUCUAGCGGCGGUGCGGGAAAAGCUGGAGGCAGGCGGCGGGGCCGGGGCGGGCGCAGCAGCAGCAGGCGGCGGUGCUGGUGGAGGCGCGGCCGCAGAGGUGCCGCCACCCACAGCAGUGCUCGAGCUGUACAGCUGCAGGGACGUGUGGCCUGAUCCCUCGGAGGACCCAGCCUUUGCGGCGCUGCUGACGGAGGCCAAGCGGCGGCUGGUGGCGCAUUUUGGUGACACGCUUGCGGUGCUGAACAAGCAGCAGCUGUAUGAGCAGAUGCAGGCUCUGCCGGCUGAGGGCCUGGAGGCUCUGCUAGAGUCAGAUGAUUUCGGCACCGACAGCGAGAGCAGCGUGGUGCUGGUGCUGGCGGAGUGGAUGGCUGCCAACCACAGCCGCACGGACGCGGCCACUCGCCGGCGGCUGUGCGAGCUGCUGCGGCUGGUGCAGUGCAGCCGCACCUACCUCAGCUGGGUCCUGCCCGCUCUGGCCGCACGGCACGAGGCCAGCCCCGACAGCGCCGCGGGCUGGCUCCCGCUGACCCGGGACGACGCCACCUGCCUCCUGACCUACAGCUCAGCGACCGAAAAGGAGCGGAGCGCCAUAACAGGCGAGGGCCUCUUGAGCAUGAGUGUAGCGAUAGAGCACUGGCCGGCAAACUGGCUCAGCACGCAGCGCCGGCGCCAGUGCUUGCCUGCUGAGGGCCGCACGAUCGGCUUCAGUGCCAGCCUGGCAGAGCUGACGCAGGCUUUUGGUGGUCUGGAGUCAGCUGAAAUGAAUUUAAUAUUUCCCAGCCUGGCAGGUACCCGGCAUGCCAACCACUUCGGGGCGCAGGGCUGGGAAUGGAGCCCCUACGUGCGGUGGAAGUCUGGCGACGCGGCAGCGGGUGCCUUUGUGCAGCCACGGAUGCCCGCUGCCCUAGGCGCGUCUGGUUCUGCGGCGGCAGCAGGCGCCAAGCUCCUGAACGGGGCCGUGGUGGCUUUCCCCCGGCUGCGGCUGACCGUGUGCGGAGCUGGCGGACAGCAGGCGUGGUCGAAUUCUUAUGACAGUAGUGAGGUUGUUAUGGCGCGGCACAGCUGGGGCUGGGCCAAAGCCCUUGAGCUGCGCGAGGCACCAGCUACCGACCAGCAGGGCGAUACCGCCAAUGGCAGCAGCAGUGGCAGUGGCAGCAGUGGUGUGGUGGCGGCGCGCUGGUCGGGCUACCUGCAGGGCGGCACGCGGCUCUCCGGCAGCGUCACGCUGCUGCCGCCGCCGUAGUACUAUACUUAGGUAUUCGCAGUGCUACAUGUGAGGAUCAUGGCGUGCCUGGCAGUAACACGGGCACUCGUACAUACGGGCAGGAUGAGCGUUUGUGCGAUGUGCUGCAUGUAUCGGGCACAGCACGUGGACUGGUCGUCGAGCGCAACGCCACGACGCGUAAGCUAGCCGAGGAAGCUUCCUCUCGUGUGUUUGCAUUGAAGCCACGUGGCGGUGCGCCACCGCCGUGUUGCUUCCGCUCAGAGGGGGAGGGGGCCUCGAAAACAGGUGGUUCGGUGGCGGUGCUGUCGUGUGAUGGGCGGGGGCUGGCCCGGUCUCGGCACGGUUCUCGGCUUGAGGCGCCUUAUUUGGGGCGGUGAAUGCGAAUGGUCGCGCAGUGUGCACAGACCUGACGUGCUGCUGCUGACGCGUGGUUAGGGCGGUAGGCCACAGCUGUGUCGUGCCAUGUUGAGUUGCGUUGCAGUACCUGUACUGUACCCGUAUGGGGGCAACCGCGUGUCGGCGCAGCGCAGCGGUUUCUGUGGAGUUCUGAGGCGGCCACAUACCUCCCCGGCAACAUACCGUAGCCGCGGGCUGACUGGGCAGCACGGGGAUAUUGGCAGGCAAAGGCUGGGCUUUGACCUGCUUUGCGCAAGGGCGUAUUCUGGGGCGGAUAGACCGGUAGGGCGUAUUCUGGGGCGCAUAGAGGGCGUAUUCUGGGGCGGAUAGAGGGCGUAUUCUGGGGUGGAUAGAGGGCGUAUUCUGGAGCGGAUAGACCGGUAGCACCAGGAGAGUUAGAAAGGAUCAAGGGCGUAUUCUGGGGCGGAUAGAUCGGUCGCGCAAUCCACGGUAGGGGCGUUGCUACGGCAGGCGGCAAGCUUCUGUGCAAAAUGUGCGUAAUUGAGGAGCUCCCAACCCCGU